AUGUGUAUUCAUGAGUAUUCAGAGCCAACCUACUUCGUGAAAGUGCCUUCACCCCCAAAGCUGGUGUUGGAAGCGGGUGAUUCAGCCGAAUUGCACUGUGAGGCGAUUUCUGAUCCACGUCUUCAGAUCACCUACAAAUGGACUGCCAACGGAGAAGUAAUAGGAAACAAUUCAGUUUACGAGAUCCUUCCUGAUCUCCUUCGUAUCAACUCGGUUCGAGGUCGCCAUACUGGAACGAUUGACUGUGCUGCCAUCACCGAAGUCGAUGUCAAAUUGGCUUCGAUCCGGCUGACUGUCAAAAGAAAAGCGGUAAUCAAAUGGAAAUCGGCAGAAGAUUAUGGAGAUAAAAUCAAGAAAUAUACUGUCGAAAUGGAAACGGAUUUCCGCAAGGGUCACUGGGAACGUGUCGUGGAUGAGACCAACGUGAAUAGAGAGAAUUUUGAAGCUGACGUCACUUUGACGCCGUGGGUGAAUUACACAUUCCGAGUUAUCGCUGAGAAUUCACAUGGUCGGUCAGACAGGAAUAUCGCGCUGGAUGACGAAGACAAGAUGCAGACGGUCUCCUGCCAAACACGGCCCUCGUUUCCAUACUCGAAUCCGAAAGGUGUACGUGCUGAAGGAACAGAACCUGACAAUUUGGUGGUCUACUGGAAACCUAUGGAGAAGUAUUACUGGAAUGCUCCUCACUUACAGUACCUUGUCAGGUACAAACUGGAUGAACCGCACACGGCCUGGACGGAAUUCGUUGUUGAGGAUCCACUUUCGAACCAUACAAUUAUCCGCGAACAGCCAACGUUCCGUCCAUUCCAAGUUCAAGUACGAGCGGUCAACGCAAUUGGACCCAGUAUUCUCGAACCAGAUAUCGUGAAAGGAUUCUCUGGAGAGGAUGGUUAG